AUGUUUUUCGUGUCGAAAAUUGCACUUUUCGCAACACUUCUAGUCCAGUUCAUAUCCACGGUGCUCCUCGCUUUCCUCCUCCUUGGCUGUAUAGACUCUUCAUCAAACUACUCCGACGUUUACUUGUUCAACUAUUCAUUCAACUCAUCGUCAACCUUGUACCAGGAACUCGCACUCAACUCCUCCGCCACCUCACCAAACUCCACCACCACCUCACCAAACUCCACCGCCAUCACCGCAACUAAUAGCCAACUAUCAGACGUCAAUGUACGCAUCGGCUACCUCGCGGCAUGCAUCGUGAUCCAAGACGAGUCAGACUCGAAAUACUGCGCCUACUACACCCACCUUUCGCAAAUCCAGGAAUUCGCCAUCUCGUUCGAGGACAACACCACCAACUUGCUCGAUAUCGCAUUGGCUUUCAGCAACGUGUGCCACUCGCACCUCUUGAUGGCGUGCAUCUUCUUGCACUUGUUCAUGGACUUGAUGCUAUGCUACUUGAUGCUCCCCGUGAUGUGCUUCAAGCCCAUAAUCGAGCGGGUAGGAUUAGCGGUAGCGUUCGUUAAUGUGUUGUGUUGGGGGUUAGGCGCCAUGUUGCAGUAUCAGAGCGUGAGGACUACGAAGCGGAUGAUUAGCCAGGCGAGUUUCGGGACCUUGAUGGGGAGCGGGGGAGGGAGAGCUGAAGCGAUGACGUGGACUGCGUUUGCUUUUUGUCUUGUUGUUUUGGCUAGUUUCUUUGUUGUUUGUUGGGGCAGAGGGAGAGACGAGAGGGCCAAGGCGAGGGUUGACGCGGACAAGCUUGGUGAGCCUGCUGGCUAUCCUGCUGGCUAUCCUGCCGGUUAUCCUGCCGGUUAUCCUGCCGGUUAUCCGGCCCAGUAUCGAUAUGAAAAGGCUUAA